GGUUGGAAAUUUGCGCCCUGGAGGACGGUUCGCCACUGCGUUGAGAUGAGAGGGUUUACGCUGAAUAAUGUUUGCCAGUGUGGCUUAUUUACUUAUCUUGUCUUCUUUUCUUUCAUGUCUUUUACCGCUGCGGUCAGUUUCGACCUGACAGAGCUUAGGAAUAAAGUUGCAAAAAUUAAAGUGAAUCCAAGAGGCAAUCUUUGGGCUACAGGACACUUCAUGGGCAAGAAGAGCGUGAUGGAUACCCCUCUGCUGCCUUCAGCUGAGGGGCAGGGUGUUGAUGCGCUGGAAGUCACCCUGCCUGCGGAGCAGAGCGCUCUCGGGGAGCUUUUCCAAGAGUUCCUGCGAGUGGCGUUGCAGGCGCAGGUGGAUACACAAGAGAGCCGCUCGAAAAAUCAGGAGGGGGACUUGUUGAUGAAGAUUUUAGAAAGCUACAUCCAAAGCAGAAAGUGAUACAGAGAGGAUGGAAGUCUGGCACGCAUGAACACGGAUUCCGGGUCAUCUGGCCUCAUGGGUUAUAAUAAACAAAUUAGACACAGUCUACAGUCUCCUGCUCAUCAUGAUUGUAAUUUACUGUAACUGUUAUACUUAGCAUACAGCUCAUGUGCCAUUUGCAAUACACGUAUGGUUUUCUUUUGUUUUGAUGAUGAUAUUUCACAUUGUCUUGUUGUUCAAAGUUAUUUAUAUUAAAUAAAAUAAUUAUUUGCA